AUGGUGACCGACAGGCUAAAAGCUUUAAUAGAGAAGUCAAGUUUGUCCAAAAAGGAGAAGCAGAGGCUACUAGCCGGUGAAACUAUAAGCCAUAAGGAUCUAGUGAGCUUCUACCGCCAGUGCACGCCGUGUCCGACAUUGUUGGAGCUACUUAGGACCAGCAAGCUUCAACUUUCGAAGAGACAUUCUAGAUUUGAGGGGCCUCCAAAAACGAAAGAAUUCCUCGAGUCAAUGCAGAGACUCCGCCUUCAGGCUAAGGAGGAGGAGUAUCAACGGCUUUUAAAUAAGACAAAGGACGAUCCAUUCAAACUUUACGAAGAGAAAUUGGAUGACGACUGGAACCCGGCGAAGGCGACCAAAGAAGUCAGAAGCCAUCUCACCACUAUUUUUAAUAUUUUCAUCAGUGUGGCGAGUGUUAUUUACGCCAUAUGGUACUGGACGGAUACCUCCGCUGGAAUGCGAGACAGUUACAGGGUGUUGCUUUGUGUGUUUGGGGGCCUUCUUGUCUUGGUCGCUGAGGUAGUAGUCUAUAUGGGCUACUUGGCCAAGGUGGAGGACGCCCGGGUUCGUGAACGCAAUAAAAAAGAGGUGAAGAAAGUGAUUCAAACGAUCAAAAUAGAUUGA